ACAGCGGUCAAAUAGUCAAAUAGAUUUCAAUAUUUAUCCAAAUUGAAACAAAAACGUCACUCAUUUUCAUCAUCUUCUUCCUUUUUCUUUCUUCUUAAGACCACAAUGUCAGACUCAGACGCCCAAGAACCCAUGGCCAGACGAGUCGGUGGAACCGAGUUAAGCUGGUGCAAAGCUGUUCCAUCAGGAACAGGCAUAACAGUCUUAGCCCUUCUCCUUUCAAAACCCCCAAAUAUCCCCACUCUCCAAUCCGCUCUCCGCCACCUCCAAAUUUGCCACCCCAUUCUCCGAUCCACCCUCCACUUCGACCCGCUCACCGCCGCCUUCUCCUACAUUACACUCCCCUCUCCCAGUCUCCAAAUCCACCUCUUCGAUCUUCCAUCAACACUAACCAUUCUCAAUGAAAAUAGUAAUAAUAAUAACCCCAUUCCUCCGCAUCAAUACAUUCUUGAGCAUGAAAUGAACAUAAACCCAUGGUCAUCUCCCACAGACGACGCCGUUUUGUUUUACGCCAGUGUUUACACGCUAAGCGAAAUGAAGUGGGUGUUGGUUCUGCGGCUGCACACGUCGGCUUGCGACCGGACAUCUGCUGUGGCUUUACUGAGAGAGGUGUUGGAAGUGAUGAGUGGCGGUGAGGCGGAGAAUUAUAAGGAGGAAAUGGGUGCUCCGAUUGAGGAGUGUGUUCCUGCUGGGAAAAAUAAUAAACCCUUUUGGGCUAGAGGAAUGGACGUUGUUGGGUAUUCUUUGAAUUCAUUUAGAUUGGCUCAUUUGAAUUUUGUUGAUGCUAAUUCGGCCAGAUGCUCUCAAGUUAUGAGAUUGCAGAUGAAUUCUGGUGAUACUUUCAAGCUUCUUGAGGGCUGCAAAUCAAGAGGGAUUAAACUGUGUGGAGCAUUAGCAGCUGCUGGUUUGAUUGCUGCACAUGUCUCGAAAGACCUUCCUGGAAACCAGUCUCAGAAGUAUGCUGUUGUAACUCUCGUUGAUUGUCGGUCAAUUCUGGAUCCUGUGCUCAAUAGUCACAGUUUCGGAUUUUACCACUCUGCUAUCCUGAAUACACAUGACAUUAAUGGAGGUGACGAGCUAUGGGAGGUAGCGAAUAGAUGUUACACGUCUUUUGCGAAUGCGAAGAACAACGGAAAGCACUUCACCGAUAUGGGCGACUUGAAUUUCUUAAUGGGAAAAGCUAUUGAUAAUCCGGGUUUAACUCCAUCAGCAUCGUCAAGAACUGCCUGCAUAUCAGUAUUUGAGGACAAUGUGAUUGAUGAAUCUAGUCCAAUGCUUGGAGAGCUAGGAAUAGAUGACUAUAUUGGAUGCGCUUCGGCCCAUGGUAUUGGUCCGUCGCUCGCUUUAUUCCACACCAUACGUGAUGGACGGUUGGACUGCGCCUGUGUGUAUCCAUCACCAUUGCAUUCCAGGGAGCAAAUACAGAAGCUAACCGAUGAUAUGAAGAUAAUUCUUGUUAAUAGUUUUGAGGAGAGCUAGAUUUUUUCAUCUUGUGAACUCCAUACUAUGAGAUGGAUCAGUAAUCUGAUAUGUAAUGAUAUGCUUAAAAUAGAAUUAUAGAGA